AUGUGGACCAGCUGGUGGCUCUGGGCCCUGGUGGCCGUCUGCACUGGAGACCAGUUCCGGGAUGAGGCUGAGAGAAUCAUGCGGGGCACACCUGUCAUUGACGGGCACAAUGACCUGCCCUGGAGGCUGCUGACCAUGUUCAACAACCAGCUUCAGAGCGAGAGGGCCAACCUGACGAGCCUUGCCAACACACACACCAACAUCCCCAAGCUGAGGGCUGGUUUUGUUGGGGGCCAGUUCUGGUCUGCGUACACGCCCUGCGACACCCAGAACAAGGAUGCCGUGAAGAGGACCCUAGAGCAGAUCGACGUCAUCCAGCGCAUGUGCCAGACGUAUCCGGACACCUUUGUGUGUGUCACCAACAGCGCAGGCAUCCGGCAGGCCUUCCGGGAGGGGAGGGUGGCCAGCCUUGUCGGUGUGGAGGGUGGCCACUCCAUAGACAGCAGCCUGGGCGUCCUGCGGACACUCUACCGCCUGGGCAUGCGGUACCUGACCCUCACCCACAGCUGCAACACGCCGUGGGCUGACAACUGGCUGGUGGACACGGGAGAGGACAAGGCUGAGAGCCAAGGCCUGUCACGCUUUGGCCAGGACGUGCUCCGGCUGGUGAACCAGACGGGCAGCCUGGUGAUGGUUAAUUUCUACAACGACUACGUUUCCUGCAGACAGGAAGCCACCCUAUCCCAAGUAGCAGACCACCUGGACCACAUCAAGAAGGUGGCAGGAGCUGGAGCCGUGGGCUUUGGUGGGGACUUUGAUGGUGUUUCAAGGCUCCCCGUGGGGCUUGAGGAUGUGUCCAAGUACCCAGACCUGGUGGCUGAGCUACUCAGGAGGCGGUGGACAGAGGCGGAGGUCAGGGGCGCCCUGGCCAACAACCUGCUCAGGGUCUUUGAGGCAGUGGAACAGGUGAGCGAUCACACACAAAGUCCCGAAGAGGAGCCCAUCCCGGCGGACCAGCUGCAGGCUUCCUGCAGGACGAUGUACGGCUACUCAGAGGCCCCCAGCCUCCACCAGCAGCCAGGGGCCCUGCUGGCCUUCCUCACUACCGUCCUCCUCGGCCUGGGUCUUCUGUGA